AUGAAGUUCUCGACCGCCCUCGCCGGCGCUUCGCUGAUGGGCAGUGCCCUGGCGAAGCUGCCCGCUAUUGAGUCGAAGGGUAACAAGCUCUUCUUCUCCAACAACGGCACUGAAUUCUUCAUCCGUGGUGUUGCCUACCAGCAGGAAUACCAGGCCAAUGGCAGCACCAGCGACAACAAGGACUACAAGGACCCCCUUGUCAGCCUUGACAACUGCGAGCGUGAUAUCCCCUACCUGAAGGAUCUGCGCACCAACGUCAUCCGUACCUACGCCGUCGACCCCAAGGGUGACCACGACGCCUGCAUGAAGGCGCUCGACGACGCCGGUAUUUACCUGAUCACCGAUCUGUCCUCCCCCUCGGAGUCGAUCAUUGACCAGGACCCCAAGUGGGAUGUCGACCUCUACGCUCGUUACACCAGCGUGAUCGACGCUUUUGCCAACUACACCAACGUCAUCGGUUUCUUCGCCGGUAACGAGGUGGCCCACAAGAAGAACUACACCAACUCCAUGGCGUUCGUCAAGGCCGCCGUUCGUGACACCAAGAAGUACAUCAAGGCGAAGAACUACCGUUCGUCCCUGCUCGUCGGAUACGCCACCGACGACAACGCCGACACCCGUGAGGACCUGUCCCAGUACAUGGUCUGCGGUGACGAGGAUGCUCGCAUCGACAUGUUCGGCUACAACAUCUACGAGUGGUGCGGUGACUCCAGCUUCGAGCAGUCCGGAUACAAGGCCCGUACCGAAGAAUUCAAGAACUACCCCGUCCCCGCCUUCUUCUCCGAGUACGGCUGCAUCGACCCCCAGCCCCGUAAGUUCGGCGACGUCCCCACCCUGUUCGGCCCCAAGAUGAACGACGUCUGGAGCGGUGGUAUCGUCUACAUGUACUUCCAGGAGGACAACAACUACGGUCUGGUCGAAGUCGACGGCGACAAGGUCAGCACCCGCAAGGACUACUCCUACCUCUCCUCGCAGAUGCAGAAGGUCACCGCCACCGGUGUCAAGAGCGCCGACUACUCCGCCAAGACCGCCGAGGCUUCCUCCUGCCCCAAGGUCGGCAAGGACUGGGAGGCCGCCGAGAAGCUCCCUCCUUCCCCCAACCCCGAUCUCUGUGACUGCAUGAUGAAGUCUCUGUCCUGCAAGGUCAAGGACUCCGUCAAGGCCAAGAAGUACGAGGACCAGUUCGACUACAUCUGUGCCCAGAUCGACUGCGGCGGUAUCCAGGCCGACGCCACCAAGGGCAAGUACGGAGCCUACAGCGUCUGUGACGCCAAGCAGAAGCUUUCCUUCGUCAUGGACCUGUACUACCAGGAGCAGAGCAACAAGGAGCAGGCUUGCGACUUCAGCGGCAACGGUGAGACCCAGGACGCCAGCGAGGCCAAGGGUACCUGCUCUGCUCUCAUGAAGGACGCUGGCAAGAAGGGUACCGGCUCCGUGACCGCUUCUCCCACCGCCGGUGGUGGCAGCGGUGCCGCCAGCACUGGUGACAGCUCCUCCACUUCCGAGGGUGCUGCCGGUGUUACCUCCCCCUCUGCCGUGCACGUCGGCAACUGGCAGUUCGGUGCCUACCUCGUCAGCGCUCUCGUCGCUGGUGCUGGUAUGAUCAUGCUGUAA